CACAUUUCUAGCAGUGCCAAAACUCCGGAAGAACCACCAAGGUUUGGAGGCAGUCGUCGUCUACUAAAGAACUGGGACAGCAGUUGUUUGUUGUCUCAUGAUUCGAUUUUUGAGAGAGCGAAACAGAGCAAAACAAGGCGUAUCCCCCUAGAUUCCGUUGUCUUAACCACGCUUGAAACAACUGCCUUGUGCUCUGUAAACUACCCCUCUCAGCCCCGCACUCCCAUAAGUCUUCACCAUGGCGCCUAAGAACCGCAUCAUUAUCGAUACUGAUCCAGGUGUCGACGAUGUCUUGGCCCUGCUGCUGGCCCUCAGCGCCUCUCCGGAGGAUCUCGAGGUUGCAAUGAUCUCGGUCACGUAUGGCAACGUGCCGUUGCAGAGCUGCCUCCGUAACGUCGUGGCCUUGUUCCACGUGCUCGAGAAGGAGAUGGCCUGGCGCGAGUCGACAGGCAAGCCCAUCUACGGCGCAUUAAACGCCUACAAGCCCAUCGUCGCCGUCGGCGCUGAGCAUGCCCUCGAAGAUGAGCAGCUUGUAGCCGACCACUUCCAUGGUGCUGAUGGCCUGCACGGCGUGCAUGAGGCGCACCCUUACCUGUCGCCCGCCGACACCUGGAAGACCCUGUUCGAGGACGCGCCCAGUGACUCCAACGCCAAUGCCGAGCCGCCCUCAUACUCGAGGUUCUUCACCCCGAGCAAGAGGCCCGCUCACAAGGAGAUACUACGGAUCCUCAGGGAGGAGCCGGAGAAUACCAUCUCCAUUGUGGCUAUCGGCCCCCUUACCAACGUUGCCCUGGCGGCAGCGGAAGACCCCGAGACGUUCCUGCGGGUCAAGGAGCUCGUGGUGAUGGGAGGCGCCGUGGGUGUCGAGGGCAACGUCAGCCCGUGCGCCGAGUUCAACUGCCUCGCCGACGCAGUCGCCGCUGCCCGCGUCUUCGCCCUGACCUCGCUCGUCCCCUCAGCGACCAUCCCGCCCACCAUUCACGGGAAAUCCGUCUUGCCCCCGUACCCGGCCAAGCUGUCCAAGCAACUGAAGCUGACCCUCUUCCCGCUCGACAUCACCACCCCGCACGAGCUCAGGAAACAUGUCUUUAAUGACAAGAUCCAGCCUCUCAAGGAAGCCGGCAGCCCUCUGGCUCAGUGGACCGACACCUUCAUGAACGGCACCUUCAACAAGAUCGACUCGAUUCUCGGCGACGGCCACGACGCGGGCUUGUCACUGCACGACCCCCUGUGCAUCUGGUACAUGCUGACCCACGACCACCCCGCGUGGAAGACGGUGCCCAAGCCCGAGGACAUCCGCAUUGAGACGUGCGGACAGUGGACCAGGGGCAUGCACGUCAUCGACAGGCGAAAACGGGCCAAGCCCGCCGAGAAGAACGGCGCCGUGCAAACGCACCCGGAGGAUCCUAUGGAUGCCAUGACCCUGGACGAGGUCCCCGGCGACACCAUGGGCUGGCUGAGCGUGCGCAAGGGGAACAGGAUCAACAGGAUGCUCGAGUCGCCCGGACAGGACACAUUUGCGGGGAUCCUCCUUGAUAAGGUUUUUGCGUAGAGAGUCAUUACUUUGUAGCCAGGCCGGCCAAUCGAUCGGUAGCAUAGGUAUGGUUGUUUAUUCAAUCUGGGUAUCUCAAGCCAGUGUAGAGAACCGGGGCCGUCCUCUUUCUGAGAUGUUAGCAAACCAACUCGUUCUUCUUGCCAAAAUAAUACAAGUCAGGCCGUGCGGGAAAGCAUACCGCUCGAAGGCACCCACGCGAAACCCCAAAACGCCAAUUGUGAAAACUCACGGCUCUCCAUGGUGCCCACACCGUAACACUGCCGCCCCUCCUGUCCCUCCGGCCUACCAUCUGCCUUCCGUCUGGCGCUCGAGCCGGACUUUGGGCCUAUCUGGACACCACGCCCAACCAGCCGCUUUUUCCUCCUCACCUCCGCCUUCUUUCGCCCGCCCCUCUUGU